GCCCGCGUGAUCUGGAGUUGUGGCCGUAUCAUUCGGUGUUUAGUUGUUAUUCUUGUCUUGCUUCGUGAAAUUAGUUUAAAAUGUCUAAAUCAAAUUCUCUAGAACAGUUAAAAGCUUUGACCACGGUUGUGGCUGACACGGGAGAUAUUAAUGCAAUGAAGGUUUAUAAUCCUACUGAUGCCACGACUAAUCCAUCACUUAUUUUGGCUGCAGCUAAGCUUCCUGAAUAUGAAAAUUUGGUACAGGAAGCUGUGGUAUAUGGUAUUAAGAAUGGUGAUAAAAAAUCUUUGAAAAACCAGGUUGAAACUACUAUGGAUAAAUUAUUAGUUCUCUUUGGAACAUCAAUUUUGAAUAUAAUUCCUGGAAGAGUGUCAACGGAAGUGGAUGCUAGACUUUCUUUUGAUGUUACUGGUAGUGUAGAAAAGGCGAAGAAAUUUAUUAAAUUGUAUGAAGAGCAUGGUAUAAGCAAAGAACGUGUUUUGAUUAAACUAGCUUCAACUUGGGAAGGUAUUCAAGCUGCAAGAAUAUUGGAGAAAGAAUAUGGAAUCCAUUGCAAUCUUACAUUGCUAUUUUCUUUCUGUCAGGCAGUUGCAUGUGCUGAAGCAAAUGUAACACUUAUUUCACCUUUUGUGGGGCGUAUAUUAGAUUGGUAUGUUAACAAUACCGAAAAGAAGUCCUAUGAUUCAUUGGAUGAUCCUGGAGUUAAGUCAGUCACUGAAAUUUAUAAUUACUAUAAGAAGUUUGGAUAUAAAACAGCAGUGAUGGGAGCAUCAUUUCGUAAUAUAGGUGAAAUCAAAGCUUUGGCUGGAUGUGAUCUUUUGACAAUAAGCCCUAAAUUAUUAUCUGAAUUAGAAAAUGAUAAUGAAGGUGUUAAAAGGAUGUUGGAUCCUAUUAAAGCAUCAGAACUAAAUCUAUCUAAGGUAGAAAUAGAUGAACCAAAAUUCCGUUGGCUUUUGAAUGAAGAUCAGAUGGCUACAGAUAAGUUGUCAGAAGGUAUUAGGAAAUUUGCUGAAGAUACCAUCAAGUUGGAACAGCUUAUUAUUUCUCGCUUGCAAAAGUGAUUUUUCAGGGGAUUGCAUAUAUGUAAAGAACACACCUUGAAGAAAACUAGAACAAAACAUUAUAUAUUUUAUUUCAAUAUAAUGUCUAUUUUUGUAUUGAUUUUUUUUUUAACAUUCUUAACUAAAUAAAGCAUGUUUAAAAUAAGAAAUU